AAAAUAUGUAAAUACAAAAUAAGCGGUGUGUGCAGUCGGAAGUCGGAACAAAAACAGAAAAAAAGGAAAAAACUCACCGGCGCGUGAAAGAAAGUUGAAAUGAGAAAACAAAUGCACUGAGAGAGAGAGAAACACACACUCGCACACAGUCAUGCAGUGUUGAUGUGCAUGAAGCAAGCCUAAAUUACAGGGUUUUUCCCCAACCGGGUAAGCUGGAGUUUGACUUCGCUCGUUUGAUCAUGUUCCUUCGCUGGCUCGAGGCAACAAUUUUGGAUUUUGGGGAUGAAAUGCACAAGGUCUACAUGUGGAUAUGGUCGAGCGGUGAUCUUGGGCUUCGCUUACUCUGGCACAUUUUGCAUCUGAUUCUGAGCACAUGGUACUUUAUUAUAGGUUUGAUGGGUUCAGUUGAGAGCUUUCUUAUCUCGAGUGGUUUGUUUAAACGGUACAGAGAUCUUGAUAUCAGUAAAGUUCAGUACCUGGCAGUUGCUAUAGACAGUGAUGAAGCUCUUCAGACUCUGAAAGUUCUAGAACUGUUGCGGUGGCUUGAAGCUAUUGGAUUGAGAAAAGUUUGCCUCUAUGAUACUGCAGGAGUGCUGAAGAAAUCCAAAGAAGCCCUCACGCUAUUGUUGAAAAAUGAAAGAAUGUCCAGUGAAACUGCUAGUGAUCCCCUUGUUGAAGAGAAAUGUUUGAGUUUGGAAGUGAUCUCUUUUUCUGAUGGGAAACAAGCGGUGGCAAAAGCAGCUGAUGUUCUCUUAAAGAAGCACUAUUUGAGUUCCAAUACUGAGAAGCCGAAGUUAACAGAGUCUGACAUGACUGAUGCUCUUGGAGCAAUAGGGUAUAGGGAACCAGACCCUGAUCUCAUGUUGAUUUAUGGGCCUGCAAGAUGCCACAUGGGUUUUCCAGCUUGGAGAAUACGUUACACAGAGAUCCUGCACAUGGGACCAUUGAAGUCGAUGAAAAUAGGUGCUCUCAUAAAAGCCAUUCAUAGGUACACUAUGGUGCAUCAGAACUAUGGUACAUGAACUGGUGCUCCAUUUACAGUAGGAACAUGAUUCUUGCCCCACUGGACGUUGCUAGGAAACCUCUAGACUAUAUUGUUACGUUGGAUAAUUUGGUUCUGUGCUUUGUGUUCAUGAGGUGUAUACUAAUACUAUUCAACCAUAUAACAAUAUUAUGUCAUUUAUAAAACAAACUCGCAUCAAUUUAGU